AUGUCGUCAGUAAGAAGUGGUAAACAUAUGCAUCGUAACGCCCGCAACAAUCUCCCAAAUCGUCUAGAAAUCCCUUCAAAUUCCCUUACUCCUUCUUCCUCAGCUCCGUCAUCCCUUUCACCACUUAUUGUCCCUGCCCCAAAUUCUUCGAAUGGUUCCAGUGCGACGCAGCAGCAACAGCGCUUGACUACUGAGCUUAUCACUGCUAUGGGAAAAACAACCCAACAGCCACAAGCUGAAGAAGACGGAUGUCUUUUUCAAAACGAAACCAUUAAAAGCGUAGCAGUUCCUGACGGUGAGGAUUCAGUGGAAAUUAAUCCUGAACACUUCUCAGAUUUGGAAAGAUUGGGUGAAGGCGCCGGUGGUACAGUGACCAAAAAAAUUAAUGUUGACCCAGAGCCAAAUAUACAUAGGCAAAUUCUUCGUGAACUUCAAUUUCUUCGAACAUGUCAUUCACCAAAUAUCGUGGCAUAUUUUGGAGCUUCAUUGGAAGAUAGCAAUUCAUCAAUUGCGAUUUACAUGGAAUAUUGUGAGGGCGGUAGUUUAGAUGCCAUUUACAAAAAUGUGAACAAAAGAGAAGGAAGGAUCGGAGAAGUAAUUCUUGGGAAAAUUGGCGAAUCAGUUCUUAAAGGAUUGGUAUACCUCUAUAGCAAACAAAUCAUUCAUAGAGAUAUAAAACCGUCAAAUAUCUUAGUAACCAGAAGGGGAGAAAUAAAAAUUUGCGAUUUUGGUGUCUCGGGUAAAUUAGUCGCAUCAAUGGCAGAAACUUUUUUGGGAACUAGUUAUUAUAUGGCCCCUGAACGAAUUCGAGGUUUGCCAUAUAAGGUAUCUGCUGACGUAUGGUCUUUGGGAUUAACGAUAAUGGAAGUUGCACAAAAUAAAUUUCCAUUUCCUUCUAUAUUGUCACCGAUUGAAUUAGUUGCGCAUAUUGCGAACAUGCCUGCUCCCACACUUGAUGAGGAUUAUGAAUGGAGUGAAGAACUUAAAGAUUUCUUAAAAAUUUGUUUGGAAAAGGAUGGAGAGUUACGUCCUACACCUAAACAAAUGCUCGAUCAUCCAUUUAUCCAAUUGUCAUCACAAAGACGUGUAAAUUUGAAGUUAUGGAUUAAACAGGUUUGGGAAUGGGAGGAUUAA